AUGGUGGUCGCCGAGGUUGCGUUUGCCGAUCAGCUGCCCGUGACGUACGCUGUCAGUAGCAGCAGGCCGGAUGUUGCACCUCACGCACGCUCACGACCGUAUACAUACUUGGUUCAUGUGCAUGCGCACAUGGCGUCUGCAGUGCGAGAUAAGAAAUGCCCGAGACGGUCCAUGUGCACCGGUGCCGCCGCAUCCACCCCGUCUCAACUUCCCCACUCUGACCAGUGGGUUGGAACCGCAGGGUUGAAGUUGCGCAUGCACAUGGAGCGUCUCGGCCGCACCGUUCCUAGUGCUAAUAUUAGUCGGAAUGCAGGCAGCACGUCGGUCGCUACAAAUGCCCGUUUGGCGACACCUGCCGUUAGAGAGCGAGAGCAUCAAGCCCGCUUCGACAAGUCCCUCCAUGUACACCCCGGAUCUGUACCGAGCACCAGCAUUGCGGAGGAUCCGCGACCCUGA